CUUUAAGGCUGAUGAAGCUGUUGCUGUCUUCUUCGACAUGUUUGCUCUUCUUCUUGGUUGUUUCCUUUUGGUGCAGCCAAUCCAUUAAUGCCCAGAAAGCUGCCACAGAUCCUUCCGAAGUAAGGGCAUUGAACUCGAUCUUCCAACAAUGGGAUACACAAGCAGCGGAUACAUGGAACAUCAGUGGAGAGCCAUGUAGUGGAUUUGCUCUCAGCCAAAGUGAUUCUGUGUUCGAGGAUCCUUCCAAUAACCCUGCUAUCAGAUGUGAUUGUUCUUUCAGAAAUAACACUCUUUGCCACAUUACAAGCCUGAGGGUAUAUGCUUUAGAUAAACGAGGGGUGAUACCAGAGGAGCUGUUGGAUUUGCCUUACCUGACAUUCUUGAAGCUCGAUCGAAAUUUCUUCUCUGGUCGUUUGCCGGCAUUUGUUGGAAAGUUGUCUAGAUUAGGGUUGCUGUCAAUUUCCCACAACGAUUUAUCUGGACCUAUUCCAAAGGAGCUUGGAAACCUUAAGGAGCUGUAUUAUCUGAACUUCGGUGUUAAUAAUUUCUCCGGGACACUCCCUCCAGAACUUGGUAAUCUAGUCAAGCUUGGAGAAUUGAACAUGAACAGUUGUGGAUUGGGUGGCAAGAUUCCCUCAACAUUUGCUAACCUUGUAGAACUGAGAACUGUGUGGGCAUCUGACAAUGCAUUCACAAGCAAAAUACCAGACUUUGUUGGCAAUAACUGGACAAAGCUUACUUCAUUGAGAUUUCAAGGGAACUCUUUCAGAGGACCGAUUCCACCGAGUUUUGCGAAUUUAACCUCGCUGAAUUCUUUGCGAAUUAGUGAUAUAUACAAUGGAAGUUCUUCUCUUGAUUUUGUCAGAAAUCUAAAGAACUUGACUGACUUGGUUCUAAGAAAUGUCUUGCUCACAGGUUUUUUGCCGUCUUAUAUCAUAGAACUGCAGUCUUUACAAAAGCUGGACUUGAGCUUCAACAACUUAGUAGGCUCCAUUCCAAGUAAUAUGAUUACAAUGGGUUCUCUCGAGCACUUGUUUCUUGGAAAUAACAGUCUGUCAGGUGCCAUUCCCAGUCAAAAGAGUGAAGCUCUUCAGACUAUAGAUUUAUCAUACAAUUUACUGUCAGGAAAUUUGCCUUCUUGGGUGAACUCGGGCUUACAACUGAACCUAGUGGGCAACAACUUCUCACUUAACAGCUUGAACAUUUGGAAUUUACCAGGAAUAGAAUGCCUUCAAAGAAGCUUCCCCUGCAACAGAGAUGCUCCACGAUAUGCAAAGUUCUCGAUCAAAUGUGGAGGUUCACGGAUAAUUUCUAAUGGGAUAGAAUAUGAGGCUGAUGACAGACCCCUUGGCGCAGCCACAUAUGUCGUAAACAGCGCACAGAAUUGGGCAGUUAGCAAUGUAGGUUUGUUUGCAGAUAGACAGAAUGAACAGUAUGAGGAAAACACCUUAGCCCAAGUGAGAGGUACUAACACUCCGGAGCUGUAUCAGAGUUCAAGGCUAUCCCCCGGGUCCCUGAGAUACUAUGGCCUAGGCCUUGAGAAUGGGCUCUAUACCGUAAACUUGUUCUUUGCAGAAACGGGUUUCCCAGACCGAUCAUCACAGUCUUGGAAGUCUCUAGCGAGGCGUGUUUUUGACGUUUAUAUUCUGGGAACUCGGCAAUUAAGGGAUUUUGAUAUAUCGAAGGAGGCAGGCGGUGUUGAGAGAGCAAUAACUAAGAAUUUCACUGUUAAUGUAACUGAGAACCAUCUUGAAAUUCACCUGUUUUGGGCUGGUAAGGGGACUUACUGUACACCAGAACAAGGUUAUUAUGGUCCUUCCAUUUCAGCUAUUAGUGUUGUUCCAAAUUUCAUACCAACUGCCAUUGGGUCUAAAGAGAAGAACUGGACAAAACUGAUUGUUGUUCUUACAGUUUCUGUUGUGGUCUUGGUUUCGACACUUAUAUGUUCAAUUUUUUACGUAAAGAGAAAAAAAGAAGAUGACGAGGAAGUGUUGCAUGAUAUCUGUCCUAGACUAAUCACAUUUAGUUAUUCCGAGUUAAAAGCGGCCACCGAAGACUUCAGUCCUUCGAAGAAGUUAGGAGAAGGUGGUUUCGGAGCUGUCUACAAGGGUACAAUUUCAAAUGGGACAGUGGUAGCAGUGAAGCAACUUUCAAUAGCAUCAGACCAGGGAAAGAGUCAAUUUAUUGCCGAGAUCGCCACCAUAUCAGCCGUGCAACAUCGCAAUCUUGUCAAACUACACGGAUGCUGCUUCGAAGGGAAAAGGCGUCUUCUUGUUUACGAGUUCCUCAAAAACAAAAGCCUUGAUCAGGCACUCUUUGGACAUAGUGGCUUGCAUCUUGAUUGGCCUACCCGUUAUAAUAUAUGCUUAGAAACAGCAAGGGGGUUAGCUUAUCUUCACGAGGAGUCUAGGCCAAAGAUAAUCCACAGAGAUGUUAAGGCAGGUAAUAUUCUGCUUGAUGCAGAACUGUGCCCCAAAAUAUCUGAUUUCGGAUUGGCAAAGCUGUAUGAUGACCAGAAAACGCACAUAAGCACCCGAGUUGCAGGAACCAUUGGCUACCUUGCGCCGGAAUACGCAAUGCGUGGGCAUCUCACUGAGAAAGCCGAUGUUUUUGGCUUUGGCAUUGUUGCUUUGGAGAUUCUUAGUGGUAGACCAAACUCUGAUAAGAGCAUGGAGGAUGAUAAAAUAUAUCUACUCGAAUGGGCAUGGGUUCUAUAUGAAAAUAACCAAAUCCUGGAUCUGAUUGAUCAAGAUUUAAUCGAGUUUGAUGAAAAUGAAGCUCUUCGAGUGGUCAGGGUGGCACUUUUGUGCACUCAGGGAUCACCAUCGAUGCGGCCAUCCAUGUCCCGCGUAGUGGCUAUGCUUGCUGGAGAUAUCGAAUUGAACGGUGUUAUAACAAGACCAAGUUAUCUUACUGACUGGAGUUUCAAGGAUUUAACACGCAGAUUUGUGACCCAAAGUGCACCAACAUCAACUGCAUCUGAGAAUAGUGACAUCCAUGAUCAGAACAUGAUAAGCUCAGGCCAAGGGGCGGCACCGAUUCGAUCUUGA